UUUGACUUUUGAUAGCCUGGACAAACAGCUUCUCAUAAAAACACGCGCAUAUACAAACUUGCAGACAAAUGCAGGUGGUUUAGAAUCACAAACAAUCUCUCAAAUUUUAGGGAAAUAAAACUUACCUAUAUUUUAAACAGUGUACUGUUUUAGUAUAUUUUGAAUGAUUCAAUUUACACAAAGCUUUCCAGGAGCUACUUCAUGUUGUGUAUUUGAUGCCUCAGUAAGGGCUCAGAAUCUGAAAUGAUUUUACGUUUCCAAAAAGUUUAAAAAAUUGUAUAGAGUUCCCCUAUACUCUUCUCCCAGAACUCCCUGAAGUUUAUAUCUUACAUAACUGUAGCUCAAUUAUCAAAACUAUUGAUAACAAUACUAUUGUUUCUUGAUACACCUUAUUCAAAUUUCAUCAGCUGUCUCAUUCAAGUCCUUUUUCUGUUCCGGAAUCCAAUACAGGAUUUCACUUUGCGUUUAGUUGUCUCGGACUUGACUUUCUUCUUUUAAUCCAAAGUGGCUGUGUGUUCUUGGGCAAAAUUAAUGUCCAAACCUUUCCUCUGUCUUACUAGACGUGAUGUGAUUAACAAUCAGUAAAAAUACAUGUGGAGUGUUUUCGGACACGUCAAAGACAACGAAAUUGUUCUAAUUGCUCAAAGCUGGGCAUAUCUAGCGUGGCCUUUCGUUCAAAUUAAAACAAAAAUAAAGCAAAUAGAAGAGUAUCAUUGUUGUCGAGAAGUUUGUCCUAAAGUAGGACCCGUAGCUUCCCGCUCGACCGGCCAGGAUGCGCUCCCUCUAAUUGGGCAGCGUGUGUCCGCGCUGACGCAGAAAGGCUGCCCCAUUGGUCCGCGCAGUCGGGACUCGGGCGGCUUUUCUCUUGGUGCUCAAGGCACGAUGACGACCCUGGAUGAUAAGUUGCUGGGGGAGAAGCUGCAGUACUAUUAUAGCAGCAGUGAGGAGGAGGACAGCGACCACGAGGACAAGGACAGAGGCAGAGGUGCCCUGGCUGGCGGUUCCACGCCCGCAGACGCGGACUUGGCGGGCGAAGGCAUCUCAGUUAACACAGGUCCAAAAGGCGUGAUCAAUGACUGGCGCCGCUUCAAACAGCUGGAGACAGAGCAGCGGGAGGAGCAGUGCCGGGAGAUGGAGAGGCUGAUCAAGAAGCUGUCCCUGAGCUGCAGGUCCCAUCUGGACGAAGAGGAGGAGCAGCAGAAGCAGAAGGCCCUCCAGGAGAAGAUCAGCGGGAAGAUGACUCUGAAGGACUUGGCGGUGAUGAACGAGGACCAGGACGAUGAGGAGUUCCUGCAGCAGUACCGGAAGCAGAGGAUGGAAGAGAUGCGGCAGCAGCUCUACCAGGGGCCCCAGUUCAAGCAGGUUUUUGAGAUCCCCAGUGGAGAAGGGUUCCUGGACAUGAUCGACAAGGAGCAGAGGAGCACCCUCAUCAUGGUCCACAUUUACGAGGAUGGCAUCCCGGGGACCGAGGCCAUGAACGGUUGCAUGCUCUGCCUGGCGGCCGAGUACCCGGCCGUCAAGUUCUGCCGGGUGAGGAGCUCGGUCAUCGGGGCCAGCAGCCGCUUCACCAGGAAUGCCCUCCCUGCUCUGCUCAUCUACAAGGGGGGCGAACUGAUUGGCAACUUUGUCCGUGUCACUGACCAGCUGGGGGAAGAUUUUUUUGCUGUGGACCUUGAGGCUUUCCUCCAGGAGUUUGGAUUGCUCCCGGAAAAGGAAGUUUUGUUGCUAACCUCUGUGCGUAACUCUGCCACCUGCCACAGUGAGGACAGUGAUUUAGAAAUUGAUUGACCAUCUGUGCUGGUGGCAUAGACCUCUCAUGGUUUGGGCUGGAAGACACAUGUUCGCGUGUUUAUUUUCAUUCUUUUGUGUGAUCUUCCGACUUUUCCCCGUUCUUCAUAGUCCCUUCUAUGAUAUGUCAGGUCAAGAAAUUCUCUGAUCAAAUCAGUGUGCUGAAUCACCUUGUGGUUCGCCAUGAAGUGACUUAACAUGUAUAAACAGGAAGCCAGGCUUUUGAACUGUUUACUUAAGAUCCUCUAGCGUGACAUCUCUGUUAUUGUUUCCAGUCAAUAUUUACAUAGCAUCCUAAAGACAGUGUCCUGAAAAUUGUCUUCAGAUGGUCUCAGAGGUCUCUGCCAGGUCCGGGAGUAUAAUCCUAUAGUUAGUGUGUUAUUUGCAACAUAAAUACUACAUUUUCCUUCAUCAGUGAUCAUAUUAUAUUCACAUGUAAUCAAACUCAUCACCAUAGAAGGCAGUUAAAUUUUUUAACCCUAAGACCCUGUUCUCCCUAGGGUCUUGUUUAAAGGUUCUGGACCACAUAUGUUUGCCCCAUCAACAGGGGUGACCUUUGCUGCUGGAGUCGAUGUCCUGCUCAAGUGUUGUUAAGUCUACAGUAGGAGGAAGGAUGGAGACGGGCUUCCCUCUUGAUGCCGGAAGAACAGCUUGACUUAAAAAUUAGAGCUGGGAUGGAGCUGGGAAGCAUUUUUAAAGAAAGAUCUUUCAAUAAGAUACCCCUGCUCACCUUUUCUCUGUUUCUCUUUUAUUUAACAAAGUAAAAAAUUUUUUUUAUUUGUUUAAUGUAGCUUUUGUUAAUUUUUUUAAAUAUUGGAAAAGUAACCAAUAUUUAAGAAAGGAAAAUUUACCAAAAUACAGAAGCAAAAAAAUAAAAUUAGAAUACUCUCUAAUCUUACUACCUAGGAUAAAACACUAUUAAUAUUUUGGGAUAUUUCCUUCCAAGGUGUUUUCUUUGUAUACACAGACAUUUUGUGUGUUUGUUGUUAAAGAAAACAGUGGGAUCAUUCUGAACAUACUGUUUUAUAGUAUGGUCAGCUAAUAUAUCAAAUGUUUUUCUGUGUUACUAAAUACUCUUUUACAACAUUUUAAAGUUGCUGUUUAUUCCAGUGUAUAGAUGUGCUGUAAUUUGCUUGGUGGUUGUCUCUUACCUUUUAAGAGGUAGUUCCUCUUAAAAAGGAAAACAGCAAAGACUUUUUAUUAAAAAAGUAAUUGAUGUUCAUUGUAGAAAAUGUAACAAUAAUUGUUAAACUAAAAAGAUGUAAAAAGCCUUAUAAUUCCACCAACCAAAAAUAAUCCCUGUUAUCAUUUUACAGGUAUCUUUCUGGUCUUCUUUCUGUGUGUUUAUGAUAAUGAUUGUCUUUUGAGUUUUUUUCCUCUUAUUUUUUUACUUUGAACUAUGUACAUUGUAGGGUCAGGAAAAAUAUAAUCUGUUAAUUAAAUGUUAAUUUUAAAGUUCAGUUUUGCUUUUCCUGGCUUUUUAGGAAUUGACUAACUGUAAUAAGGUCUUGACAGUAUCUCUUGUAGUUAACCAGAAAAAGAAAUUGCAUGGUUUUUUUUUUUUAAUUAAAUAAGCUUAUUGUAGAAAGUAUUUGGGAAGUAUAGAAAUUAGAAACAGAGACAGCUGUUGUCAAUGUUGUUGUUUAUUUCCUUCCGGCUUUUUCAAUAUUUUUAGUAAUAUUGAGAGCUUAUUGAAUUUAGUUCUGUUUUGUUUAACUUAAUGUGGUAUCAUAAAUGCUUUGACACGUUAAAUUCUAAAUAAAUAAUUUUUAAUGGCC